UCAGGGGCAUGUCAGGGGUGGGCCCCACCUAGGACAGGGGUGGUGUCCAUGCGGCUCUGCCCCAGGCCCGCGGGGCAGCGCAGGCAGGUGGAUGCUCCGGCCCCAGGGUCCAGGGACAGGGGCCGAGCCCUCCCCCCCGGCGAGCAUAGCCCCCGGCUUCGGGGAGGAUCCGUGGCUGGAAUGCUCCACCUGGUGCCUCCCGUCAGACAGUCAGGAAAUACCUGGGGAAGAUCCUGGCCCCAGGCAGCUCUCGCCCCACAGGCAGUGGCUACUUGUUUCGGGGAGGACCUGCCCCUGGAAUGGUUAACCUGCGCUCCGCUGACAGCCAAUCACAGAGCCCUGCAGCAAACACUUGGGAGCGAUCCUGGGCCUGGCCCCAGUCCGGCCCAGGCAGCCCUCCCGGCCCUCGGCCCUCCCGUGCCACCCUGUUCUCCGGGCUUCCCCUCCACAGCUCUGAGCGUCUGUGGCCUGGGCAUGGCGGUCUCGGCCUGGGGCUGCCGCUGGCCUUGGCUGCUGCUGGCUGUGCUGGUGGUGGCCGGGACGGCGGCCCAGCCUGCUCACCUGCUGACUUCGCUGUCUUCGGGCCGGGGCGCUCUGGACCGCGUGGCCCUGGGCAGCCUGUUAAAUACACUAGCGGCCCGUGUGCACUGCUCCUCAGGGCCGUGUGGAAAGUGCCUGACUGUGGACGACCUCCUGGCCCUGGGCAGGCCUGCGGCGCCGGGGCCGAGCCCGGGGCCGGCCCUGCAGCCCGCACACAUCGCCCGCCUCAGUGCGGCUGCCGUCCUCUACCUCAGCGACCCUGAGGGCACGUGUGAGGAUGUCCAGGCUGGCCGCUGGGCCUCCCGCGCUGACCGCCUCCUGGCCUUGCUCGAGGGCCCCAAGGCCCUGACCCCAGGCCUGAGCAGGCUGCUGCACAGGAUCCGGGUCCACACUACGGGCCAGCCCCCCACAGAGGAGGCCUGUGUGGACCUGCCUCAGCUGCUGGGUGAGGCGGCGCGGGCCGGCGCUCCCGGCAGCCCCGGCUUCGUGCUGGCUGCCCUGCUGGACCACGUCAGAAACGGGUCCUGCUUCCACGCCCUGCCGACCCCCCAGUACUUUGUGGACUUCGUGUUCCGGCAGCACCACAGUGACUCCCCCAACAUCACACUGGACGAGCUGGCGGCCUUGAUGCAGCACCUGGGGGUGGGCGGCGUGGCCGAGCCCCACAGCGACCACGGUCUCUACCAUCACCACCAUUCCCGGAGAAAGAGGGCCGGCCCGGCCACCCGCAACGGCAGCUCCAGCGUGUGGGACUCGGUGUGCCUGAGUGCCAGGGACGUGCUGGCCGUGUACGGGCUGUCUGAGCAGAACGGGGUGGCCCCAGACGCCUGGGCCAGGCUGAGCCCCGCCCUGCUCCAGCAGCAGCUGAGCGGGGCCUGCAGCCCCCAGCCCAGCCACUCGGCCCAGGACCAGCUCAGCCAGGCGCAGAAGUACCUGUACGGCUCGCUGGCCACGCUGCUCAUCGGCCUCUGCUCGGCCUGCGGCCUCCUGCUCCUGGUCUGCACCGGCUGCCGCGAGGCCGCUCACUACGUCGUCCAGGCCUUCCUGGGCUUGGCCGUGGGUGCGCUCACGGGGGACGCCCUCCUGCACCUGGCACCCAAGGUUCUGGGGCUGCACCAGCAUGACUGGCACGCAGCGGACAGCCACAGCCCACAGCCCACCUGGCGCCUCCUGGUUGCCAUCGGGGGCCUCUACAUCUUCUUUCUGUUCGAGAAACUCUGUGACCUCUUGCUGCCCCUGCACCCAGAGGACCAGAAGGACGAGCCUUGCAGCCACACUGGUCACGGUGGCCACAGCCACGGCAUGUCCCUGCAGCUGGCGCCCAGGGAGCUCCGGCAGCCCAGGCAGCCCCACGAGGGCUCCCGAGCAGACCUGGUGGCAGAGGAGAGCCCUGAGCUGCUGAACCCGGGGCCCCGGAGACUGAAACCAGAACUGAGGCUGCUGCCCUACAUGAUCACGCUGGGCGACGGCCUGCACAACUUCGCGGAUGGGCUGGCCUUGGGCGCUGCCUUCGCCACCUCCUGGAAGACUGGGCUGGCCACCUCGCUGGCGGUGUUCUGCCACGAGGUGCCCCACGAGCUGGGGGACUUCGCGGCCCUGCUGCACGCCGGCCUGUCGGCGCCCCGGGCGCUGCUGCUGAACUUGGCCUCGGCGCUCACCGCCUUCGCUGGCCUCUAUGUCGCGCUCGCGAUGGGCGUCGGUGAGGAGAGCGAGUCCUGGAUCCUGGCGGUAGCCAUCGGCCUGUUCCUCUAUGUGGCGCUCUGCGACAUGCUCCCGGCCAUGCUGCGCGUGCGGGACCGGCGGCCCUGGCUCCUCUUCCUGCUGCACAACGUGGGCCUGCUGGGUGGCUGGGCGAUCCUGCUGCUGCUGUCUCUUUACGAGGACAGCUUCAUCCUCUGACGCCUGCGCCCCAGACCCCGAGCCUGGCUCCUGCCCUGUGCUGUCUCAGCCACAGCCCGGUACCCGGAGUGCCCCAGGCCUUUGAGAGCCUCCCUCCCCCAGGCCCCAGCAGCUCCGACUCAAUAAAGGCAUUCUUGCCCUU